AUGAAGAAAUUGGUACAAAGAAUAAGAUUAAGACCGAAGAAAAUAAGAUACUCUUUGGAUGAUAAUGAGACUCAGAUUUCUGUCGGAUUUACAGAUAGUGAUGAGAAAUUACAUCACAUGGCAAAAGUCAAACACGUCUCAUAUAUUCCUGUCGACGAAAUGACAUCACAGGAACUGGGAGGAGAAAGAAUCGAAUGCAGAUGUUCCAAAAACUCAUCGACAGAAGUAUUUACUUUCACUUUGGAACACCUCGAAGAGAAUGAAAAGAACGUGCUAGUAUUACUUCAGAACCAUUGCGCAUAUUUGUUCUCUAACAAGCCACGUAUUCAACUAGAAAUUCAUUCCGUCGCGACUCUGAUGUUAUCUGGAAUUAUUAACGAUGUCAAGGACACAAGUUUCAUUUGCGAAAAAUUGAAUACCUCCGACAUUAAGCGUUAUUUAAGAAUACACAGUAAUCAUGAAAGUGUUCAAGUUCGUUCCAGAUGUCAGGGUAGAGUUUUUACCAGAAAGUCUAAAUUAUUGAAAAUAGAAGGAUUGUCUAUUCUGCGAACUGGUGCUAUGACUCCUACAAUCAUGCAUAAUUUUUCUGGUCGUUUCUUGCUACUUCAGAAUUCAGUUCUUUGUUACCAACAAUGGAGUGAAGUAAUUCGCAAGUGGAAAAAUAAAGAAGCAUACCACAAACUGCAUGCACUGAUUGCAAAUAACCCAGAGCCCCUUUCGAAUGUCUUAAAUUGGAUUCCACUUUUAAGAGAAUUCAAUGCACUUCAGUGGGACGGUUCGAGAAGACCGCAAUAUUUCAAACUCGAUCCUAAAACAAUCCACUUUCCACAACGUGAUCCUGAGGAUAUCGACUGCACCGAUUGGCUCGAUAUUGAACAAGAUGGUGGAAACAAAUGGGCUUCAAUACAGAUGACUGCCGCUCAAAUACGAUUUUUUGUAUGGAAUUGA